UUUCUGCUUUCCAUUUAUUUUACCGUUUUCGUUGGACUCACGUUGGUCCAUCAUCCAUUUUACGGCACUUUUACGUUUUAAGGACAACAAGUUGCGAAGUCUAAAGAUCGCACGCGAAGUCUAGAGAUCGCUGUCGUCGUCGCAUGAUAAUCGCGCAGGAAAGUUGAUGUUCCAUGAUUUGCAGUUGAUGUUCGGUGUUGGAAAUGACUGGAAUUCUCUCCAACCUAAAAAUUUGAUACGGUUGCGGGAUCAGGCAUCACUAUCGCCGUGACUAUAGGCUAUCCUUUCUCAUCACAUUGGCUAUGGACAGCAUUAUUGGUUCCACCGCUGUUCCACCAAAGGAGACCCUCAAUCCGUAUAAACUGUUAGUCGCCGUGCUGAUCCGCGAAUAUGUGAGACUGCGGCGUGACUUGUCGCCGGACAUGAUCCAUGUGAAAAUUAAUUCACCCUCCAAGGAGAAGGAGCGGGAAGACUGCAAGAACUACUUAAGCAGACACGGUGUGGAGCCAGACAAGUUCGUUAUUUCCGGAAAAGAGUCUUUCGACACACUGAAACUGCUGCAACAUCUGGCGCGUUCCCCGGAACGUGACUUUGCCUCGUUGAUCUGUCUGAUACGAUGUGUGCUGGUGCGAGCGCAUUUGUUGUUGUUUCGCCGAGUUGUGGAGAUGCUGCGCAAGGAUGAUCAGGAGGAGACGGGACGCUAUGUCGAUAUCAAUUUCCCUCCCUUGCUACAAUCUCUCAGGAUUGAGCAGGCGCUGUGCUCGCUUUUCAUGCGGAAUACGAAGAUUCUUUUUGAUGAACUGAGUUACACGGGAUAUGACAGAUUUAGCUCGCAUCUGCUUGAUUAUAUCGGGCAAGGCUUUCAUUAUUUAUUGGAUCUCGACUCAACGAGUGCCUACACAUUUGAAAAAGCAGACCGAAGCAGUGAUGUCCCGAAUAUGCUGACCGCCACCCAGUCCAGUUAUUUUCUCGCCCAAGAAUCUGCCUUAAUGCAGCGUAAUCCGGUUCUAACCAGCGGGAAUCCUGGCGAUAACGCUACCCGCCAGCGACUCCUCACCGCUCAGCCGCCCAUCGAAUCCGCAAACUAUGUCCGCUUCCUGCAGGCCGUCCACGCCAAAGACUACAGCCAGGCCGUCGAUGCACUGUAUAAGUUCUUCGCCUCCCGCUGUCUGCUGGAAGAGAAGACGGCGGACGGUGCGGGUGUGUCGUAUUAUCCCGGCGAAACAAACCUGCAGUUGUGUAUCAUGCAUUAUGACGCCGGCCACCACGAACUGGCACUGCAAGCCCUGCGCGAGUGCAUCUACCUCGCCCAGGAGAAAAGCGAUAUCCAGUUGCUCAGUCAUGCCAUGUUCUGGCUGGCGUGCCUGGAAAUCAACAAUAAUCAAUAUGAAAAGCUCUUUCGUGGCGCCUCGCUGGGUGAUUUUGCUAGAUUUCCCGAAGUGGCCGCGCAGUUCGCUGUGUUGAUCGCCCGGUUUGAUUCGCUCCUGGGGAUGGAGGUGAAGAAAGUGGUUAAGCAUCUGGACUAUGUGGAGCAGACAGAUGACAGUCUGAACCGGAUCUCCUUGAUGCAGCAUUAUUCGGGACGCGCGACGUUCUUCAAGCUGUACGGUGUGGAGGAGGUGGCGACAGUCUAUGCGCAGGGCUGUGUGCAGUUAUUCUGCCGACCGGAAAACAGCCGCUUUCCCCUGGCGACGGAUUCCGCCGCGCUGUGUGCCAGUAUGAUCUUGGAGCACGCGGUGCGAUUCAACGAUCAGAAAGCCAUUGAAAUUAUGCAGCGGUAUUGCCGUGAACGAUUUCCGCCGAGUCGUUUUGGUGACUGGAAGAUUUGGGGAUUAAGUGAGCUGUUUUGGAAGUAUCAGUUAGCGUUUAACCGGCAGGAUUAUUCAGAAUGCGAAAUCCUCAACGAACAAAUCGGUCGAAUGAACGUCACUGAAGCAUCCGUUCGGAAGGCGCAAUUGCUGUAUUACAAAGACUGCAGUCCGAAAUCGGCGUUGGAAUUGUUGGAUGCCUUAUUGAAGAGUGGCAGCGAAGGCAGUGUCCAUGUUGCUCACCUUUCCGCGUUUUCCCUACAAUUGCAGCUGCGUUUAUUGCUUUUGAAAGCGGAAAUCUUUUUGCGCUGUCAGUGCGGACUGCACGCGCUGAAAUGUGUCAUCGAAGCGCUGGGUCUCGUGAAAGAUCACCCGAACGAAUUGUGGAAGUGGAAAGUGCAUCUGUUAUUAGCGUAUGUGUGGUUUGAACUGGACGAGAUGGGACAGGCGGCUGCCGCGUUGGAUGUGUGCUUUCCGGGGCUGAAUGGGUGUAAAUACGCACAGGAUGAAGGGCGAGUGUGGUAUCUUAAAGGGAAGCUGCUGCUCAGCGAGAAAGAGAAAAACCUGGAGAAUCCUGAAUGGGCGGAGACCUUGUUGAACUAUUUUGAACGGGCGCUAGAAGCCUUUGCGCAGUGCUCGGCUGUAUCGGACAUGAUGGCGUGUCUGUGUAUAAUGGGAUUUGUAUAUAAUGAUACGGAUAACAUUCCCACUCGUGAUCACUGUAGCAAGCUUUAUAAAGAACUCUGCACGACUUAUCCGCAUGUUGUACCAUUUGAAGUUGACGCCUGAAGUUUGUUUUUGGUUUAUAUUUAUUCAUCUUGAAACUGUAAAACGUGCUUUGCUUUCUUCGUGUUGAAUAAAUUGAUAUUAGUAGCGCAUGUUGAAUAAACUUAU